UCAGGGGCCUUCCCAACGUGCAUUGCGAGCCGUCGGUCUUUCCUGGUUGGGCCGGUGUUCGGGAGGCCGCCAGCAUGGGAGUGGACAUACGCCACCACAAGGACCGGAAGGUCCGGCGCAAGGAACCCAAAAGCCAGGAUAUAUACCUGCGACUGCUGGUGAAGCUGUACCGGUUCCUGGCCCGCAGAACCAACUCGACGUUCAACAAGGUCGUGUUGAAGAGGCUGUUCAUGAGCCGGACCAACAGGCCCCCCCUGUCCUUGUCCCGAAUGAUUAGGAAGAUGAAGCUGCAGGGCCGGGAGAACAAGACCGCCGUGGUAGUGGGGACCGUGACGGACGACGUGCGCAUCCAGGAGGUGCCCAAGCUCAAGGUGUGCGCCCUUCGAGUCACCAGCAACGCCCGCAGUCGCAUCCUCAAGGCUGGGGGGAAGAUCCUCACCUUCGAUCAGCUGGCCAUGACCUCCCCCAAGGGCCGCGGCACCGUUCUGCUGUCUGGUCCCCGGAAGGGCCGCCAGGUGUACCGGCACUUUGGGAAGGCGCCUGGCACUCCGCACAGCCACACCAAGCCAUACGUGCGAUCCAAGGGCCGAAAGUUCGAGCGUGCCAGGGGCCGCCGGGCCAGCCGAGGCUACAAAAACUAACCCCUUUCCUUGUUAUAUUAAAGAUUUUUGGACAACA